GCGCUGCUGCUGUUGCUGCUGCUGGCUUCGACGCCGCCCCGCGCGCCGGCCAUCGACGUGCCCGUGGAGACAGGCUUCCAGUUCACCGGCCUGCAUUCCGACUUCGCGCAGCAGUACUACGUGCUGUACACAGAGCUGGACGACACUGCGCAGCUCACGGACGUGAGCGCGGACGCGCUACCCAGCGAACUGCGGACGGAGCUGAGCGCCAACUCGCUCACCUGGAGCGACAUGCCCGGCCUGCUGCAGCGCGCCUUCCUCUGGGACGCGGGCUACGUGCUGACGCCCACGCACUCGCUGGCCAAGGUCUACACGCGCUGCGGCCGCACCAUGGCGGAGGUCGUGGUGCCGCCCAAGGCCUUCGAACGCGCCGGCUGCCAGGUGCGGGAGUGCGUGCUGCCGGACGGGACGCGCUUCCACCGGUCGCUCAACUGCAAGGCCUCGCAGCUCUCCAGGGCCGUGCAAUGCGCAGUGGACGCCGCUGACGACAACUCAGCGCCAGCGUACGCUGCUGUCUGGGGGGACGGAGGAGAGGACGACACGCUGCCGGAAGUGACGGUGCAGCGUCACGCCUACCUGAGUGACGCCGAUAACGCCCCCAAUUUAAUGUUUGCGCUGCAUACGACGGCCUACGAGGUGGGCUACACGCAGUGCCCGCUUACGCCGUCGAUGGUGAUCCCCUGUGCGCCGUACAACUUGGUGAAUCAGUCGAGAUUCUGCACGCCGGAGCCUGGCGACGUCGCCUCGGCGUGGCUUACCAAGUACGCGGCAGACCACAAGCAGGACAAGACGUGGCUGCUGGUGCCGCUGUGCAUCGUCGUCUUCGUCACGUUUGGCACUGUCGCAGUCUACCGCUACAAGUCGGCGCUGCGGGACGAAGCGCGCAGAGAAAUCGAUUUGUUCAUGCGCGAGAAUCGUCAUUUGUUUGAUAAUGGAGCUGUGGAAGCGUUCUUGGUGCCGAAGAGGAAGGGCAAAUGCGCUCGCUCGACCAGGACAAGUCGCCAGCACCGGUCGUCGUCGUAUUCGUCUUCGUCCAGCAUCGACAGCGACGACAGCGCGUACAGCUCUCACUCAUCCGCCGACCUUGACGGUUCCCAAGUGUCCUUGAGUUAUGAUGAAGGAAACCAGAAUGCAGCAGCAUUCGAGCACUUCGACGCCACAAUUGGAUUGUCGGCGUCUGCGUUUGACCCACUGGCGUCCAACGCUCGCAUGAACCCGCUGCAAAACGGUGCUGAACAGGGCCUGGAGAAUGGAGACACGACACCCGAUGAGGCCACUGCGCGAAGGAACGAGAUGGCUAUCCAGAGCUUCCGACUAUUUGAAUCGCAUCGCAAGAUCCGUCGGCUGCGUAUUCCAAUUGGUGAGCUGCAGCUACUGCGACCGCUGUCGCGUGGCGCUACUGGUGAGGUAUGGCUUGCGCUCCAUAACAAUUCGCAGGUCGCGAUCAAGCAGUUGGUGUCGGAGAAACGCCGCUUGUUGCCCGAGAUGGAGAUGUUCUUGGCCGAGAUCUACCUCAUGGCACAGUUGAAGCACCCACACAUCGUGACGCUGAUCGGUAUUGCUUGGAACACGCUUGAGCACGUCAUAAUGGUGCAGGAGUACAUGGAGGGCGGUGACUUGCAGCACUUUCUGGCUCAGCAGUGCUCCAACAACAACACUUCGGCGGCCCCAAUAAGCUCAGGUAACACGAUCGGAAGGCGCUCCAGCUCCAUGUCCGGAGGCUUGCCCCAGGUUGACGAAGCUGCAGCUAUUGCGGCCACAUCAUCCGGUUCUUUCGCCGGUGGACUGGGUGCCGCUGCUAAUGGAUUGAUCCACUCGACGCAUUCCUUGCACUCGAGCCACUUUACUUGGUCGAAGCAAAAGCUUGCCAUCGCGCAGGCUGUCACGAGCGCAUUGGCGUAUUUGCACGCGCUGACACCGAAGGUGCUGCAUCGAGAUGUCAAGUCACGUAACGUGCUGCUGUCGUCGUCUCUGGAUGCCAAGUUGUGUGAUUUUGGGGUCAGCCGACGCAAGUGCAGCGGCAACGACGAUGAAACCAACCUCACUGCGACAGCUGCAGCUGGCACAUUAUCCUGGACCGCGCCCGAAUUGCUACUGGGCGAGGAGUACACGGAGAAGGUAGAUAUCUACUCGCUUGGUGUCCUCCUCAGCGAGCUCGACACGUGCACACUGCCGUACCACGACCCAGCCUCUCUCUCGGAGCGACUUGUCCAGCACCCUCUUCGCCUGAUGCGACGCAUUCUCGACGACGGACUGCGUCCCCAGCUCUCGCCGGACUGUCCGCUGCCGAUCACGCAUUUAAUCGCGGCAUGCGUAUCGCGCAACCCGAAGCUGCGCCCGAGUGCUGCCGAUGUGGGUGCUUGGCUCGCUAGUGCACGAGGCGAGCGGUUGCUACGGAAGAGCUCGAGCGUUUUAAUCUCU